AGACAGAGGAUAUGCAACAGACCUUUAUUGCUCUAUCGUCUUUGGCUCAAUGAUGCAGUGCUACAUUGCUGGUUCCAUUAUUGGCCUCAUUCUUUUGACAAGUGGGAUUAAAGCUCAAUUUGAUUCGGGAGCAGGGGAUAUUUUUAGUUUGCAAGUUACUCAGGAUGUGUGGCUUGAAAGAGAUUUAAGAAACUACAACAACUAUCAGCACCUUAUUGUUGGUACUCACCCUCGCUAUCCUCUUAAACGAUCUCUGUUACAGUUUGAAGAUCUUCCGUCUACUUGUAGGCAUAUUCGCUGGGCCAAAAUGUAUGUGUAUUUCGCAUAUGCACACAAACCAAGCUUUCUGUCGGUGACACAAGUACCAUACAUUUCUCGACCACUGCAAGUACAUCAGGUGAGGCAGAACUGGUCUGAAUCUGAAGCUACCUCAACCUUUCGUGUCUCUGGUCAGCGAUGGAACAGCCAUGGCUCGCUCUGGAUGGUAGUGAUGCUGAUCCCAAUGGCCUUCUGUGUUAUCCUGUUACUAUCUACACCAGCAGGCCUGCAGGUUUCAUUGAAUUUGAUAUCACUGAAGCAUUGCGCAACUGGCAAAGUGGAGAUCCCAACUAUGGUGUUCUACUACUGGCAACAAACGAGAAUACCCUUGGAAGAGGCAUCAGAUUCUAUAGUAAUGCUAGUGGGAACUCACGACAGCAUGCAUUUGUCCAUGUGCUCUGUGACUAGAGAGCAGCCUGUUUGCUAUAUAAUUAUGAACACGAUUAUCUUUGGUGUAUAGGUAUAUACUAUUGAUUAUGUUGGCAGCAUAAAAAU